GUGGCAUAAUGGGUGGAGGUGGGCAACAAACAACGCAACCAAACAAGAAGAAGAAACUGACCGCAACACCAAGGGACGGGAGGACGGACCACGCAGCUUCACUUCUUACUUCUCUUUCUCCUUUUUCUUUCAUUUUCUUUCUGUUUUUCCUCCUAAUCAAACAACAAGCUUAUCUUUAAUUAACACUUUAGUUUACUUAAAUCACCUUUCCAUAUAACUUCUUCUUCUUCUCUUUGGGGUUUUCCGACGAGAAAACAAGAAGUUUCGAGCUUCUUUCAUUGUUAUGGUCGCCUGAGCUCUCUCUCUCCUCUAUCUCUAUCUAUCUUCCCUGUCAUUCUCCAUCACUGUCUUUCUGUCUGUUAAUUCCUCGCUUUCUUAAAGUAGAAGAGCUUGUUGAGUAUGGCUAAAAAUGAAGAUACUGGUAGUCCUGGUUGGAGAGCAUCACUUUUCUUGCAGACCACAGAAGAUGUUGCCCGAGCUGUUGCAGCUGCAGCUGCUGCAGCCACUGCUCCUGUUUCACCACGGCCCUCUGUAGUAUUCUCAUCAAAAGAUGAUCAUGGAGAUAGCCAAUUUCUGAAGCUGCAACGCCAUGUUUCAAGAGUUCUAAAAGGCUUCUUAUCUCCUCCUCCUCCUGAAACGAAAGGUGGAACUUACAAUCCUGAAGUUCUAACUAGCCAAAAGCGUCAAUGGGCAAACUUUCAGUUACAAUACUUGGACCAUAGGCCUUUAAAGGAGCCAUCAAGGCUUUUUGAGAGCAUGGUAGUUGUUGGACUUCAUCCAAAUUGUGAUCUUCAGGCACUCCAGAGGCAGUAUGUUAGUCGAAAGUUUGAAGGUUUUGGAAGAGUGCAAGGUUCGCUUGGUUUUCAAAAUCACUCUCGUAUAGAACCUAUUCUUGAACCUCAGGUCCUAUUUGUUUAUCCUCCGGACAAACAGUUGCCUCUGAAGUACAAGGAUCUUGUAUCAUUUUGCUUCCCUGGAGGCCUGGAGGUUUGUGCUAUUGAGAGAACUCCUUCCAUGAGCGAGUUGAACGAAAUUCUUCUUGGGCAGGAGCACCUUAAACAAAGUGACCUAUCAUUUGUAUUCCGAUUACAGGUUGCUGACGAUUCUACAUUGUAUGGUUGCUGUGUCUUAGUGGAUGAAAUUGUGCAAAAACCCUGUGGCUUGUUUUCUGUGAUUUCAGAUAAGCGGCCUCCUUGCUCAUCUUUCAGCCGUUACGUACUAACCACACGCAGAUGUUACUGUAUCCUUUCAAGGCUUCCGUUCUUUGAACUGCAUUUUGGUGUGUUGAACAGCAUCUUAACAGAAGAAAGGUUGGAAAGGUUAACAAAAGAUGUUGGUGCCUUGGACUUCAUGGAGAGUUCCAGCAAAGAAGAAAUUUUGGAGGAAAAUUUAGAUGGUAUAUCAUCAAACUACAGAGAUGCAGGGGAAAUGCUCAAUGGAACAGCAGAAAAUUUCCAAUCGAGCUCAAGAAAUUCUGCUUCUGGAGAUGUUGAUUAUGGUAAUCAUAUGGAGCAUCAAAUUCCUCAGGGGCAUAUUCACUUGUCAAACAAAGGAAAUGAGGAUAAUGUUGUUGUUACAGUUGAUUCUGAAACGGAGAUAGUCUUUGACAAAGGAGAAUCUGCCAGUGGAAACCCUGAAGAUUGCAACAUUGAUGUUGAUGAUAUAUCUGACAAACAAGCAGAAGAAAGACGGUUACCAAAUGCUGUUCUGCCUCUCCCUCGUUAUUAUCAGUAUGAAAGCUCAGAAUCUUCCUCGAGUUUCCAGGGUUCUCCAUGUGAAGACCGGAACUUUAGGAGCGAUGUUGAUGAUACAGAGACAGAAGAGUCAUCCUUUUCUGGCCAGGAGGAUUCUAAUGAUCACAUGGAUAUUCUUGAAUUGGCUAAGAAGAACAACUACGGAUCAUUGCAGAUAAUAUGCGAAUAUUACCAGUUGCGUUGUCCUUCUAGGGGAUCAACAGUUAGAUUUCAUCCUUUGGAGCACCUUCAUCCUUUGGAAUAUCAUAAGCCAGAUGAAACAGUUUUACAUAUUGCUGGCUCAACUAUUGAUUUGAGAUCUUGCACUACAAGUCUAGAAUUUGCUGAGGCACACAGUGCACUGUUAGCAGAGGAGGAAGCAACUGCAUUAUCAACAUGGGCUGUUGCAUGCAUAUGUGGAUCCUUGCGUCUAGAGAAUGUGUUAACACUGUUUGCCGGAGCAUUGCUAGAGAAGCAGAUCGUGGUUGUUUGUUCUAAUUUGGGAAUCUUAUCUGCGUUGGUUUUAUCAAUUAUUCCUCUAAUCCGUCCUUAUCAAUGGCAAAGCCUGUUAAUGCCGAUAUUACCAGAUGAUAUGCUAGACUUUUUGGAUGCACCCGUUCCUUAUAUUGUUGGUGUAAAGAACAAAACAAGUGAAGUACAGUCAAAAUUGACCAAUUCCAUUCUGGUUGAUGCUAACAAGGGCCAGGUAAAGUCGUCAACAAUCCCACAAUUGCCAAAGCACAAAGAGUUAUUUUCAUCCUUGAGUCCUUAUCAUGCAAAGCUUGUGGGAGAAAGUUAUUUGGCAAGGAAAAGGCCAGUUUAUGAAUGUACAGAUGUACAGGUUGAAGCUGCUAAGGGUUUUUUAGCAGUGUUAAGGUCUUACCUGGAUUCACUCUGCUCUAACUUACCCGCACAUACAAUCACAAAUGUACAGUCCAAUAACGAUAAGGUAUCGUUGCUCUUAAAAGAAAGUUUCAUAGACUCCUUCCCUCAUCGGGAUCGACCAUUCAUGAAGCUCUUCGUAGACACGCAGCUCUUCUCUGUACAUACAGACCUUGUUCUUUCUUUCUUCCAGAAGGAGUAGUGCCUGGUAUGCGAGAUUUAGCUGUGAUUGUAUUGUUCUGUUGUAACUUGAACGCAAGUUCAGUAUACUUAUAAAUAUUUGGCCAUUGGCACACCAUUGGAAGAGGCACUGGGCGCGCCCAGGUUCAAAGCUUACCAAAAUGGGUGAGAAGAAUCUGCCUGCGAGCAGUCUAGAGAGGCUUAUAGCAAUAGGAAAAUAAAAAAUGAUGUGUAAUGCUAAUAUUUAAAUUAUUUAUUUCUUAAUGGGAAGAAGUGCUUCUUUGAUGCGAGUUAUAAUGAAAUUAAGAAAUUUUGUGCC